UCUCUAUUAGCUGUCUCUAACACACAGGGCUCUACAACCCUGAGAGCUAAUCCUUUGAGACUUUGGUCAUUUGAAAGUCAAUGUCUGAGCAGGACAGAGAGCUUUUGUGAGAAGCUGACAAUAGAGCUCUUAAACCCAUCCUGCCAAGGGAAAAAGUGGAGAUAGGAGAAUGGGUGAAAGUCGAUUAGCCUUACCUGUGAUAGUAUAAAAUCCCUCCCUAGGUUAUCAAGAGUUGUUAGCUCUUGAACCACCACUCCAGGUAAACUGCUAAACAGCCAUGAGGAACCUCUGACCUCAAGGUGGUUGAAGACAUUACUUCUGUCAGCAUCACACUAUGGCUUUUGUCAGUGCACUGUUAAUGCUGCUGCCUGUUGCAUGGUCAUGCAUUCCCCAAAAAGCAGAUUACGUUAUGGUGUCAUGUUUCCCUAAUGCCAUAAUUGCCAACGUCCCAGACUGUCCUUACGGCUGGGAGAUUGAACACUUGUCUCUCGGUGGAGUCUGUUACAAUGGAAUACACAGCCCAGGUUACUACCGCUUCAUCAUCCCAGAUCUCACACCCAAAAAUCACUCAUACUGUGGGACUCAGUCUGAGUACAUGCCCGGCAAAGACCCCAAAUACAUCUUCUACAACUCCAUUGUGUCCAACGAUACUUCACUGACAGUCAGAAACCAGCCUGUGAACUACACCUUCAGCUGCACGUACCGAGCAGCCUACCUGGUUAAUAAUGCCGUCUUCAGCCAAAGAGUGGCUACAGUUUAUGUCAACAAUGGGAGUAUAGGCACUUUUAGAUCACAGUUGUCUAUGAAUGUGUUCACGAAUUCAAAGUUCCUGUAUGCCAAGGACGCUCCCUAUGUGAUUGAUACAUCUGAGAUCGGCUCUGAAGUAUUCAUUGGCAUCGAGGCAAAAGGUCUAAGUAACAGAUUCAAAGUUGUGAUAAACAACUGCUGGGCCACUCCUUCACCUUACUCCACAGACAGGAAAAGGUGGAGCCUCAUCAUUAACAGCUGCUCCUCUGACAACACUGUGACUAUUUUUGAGAACGCCAAAGACAGCCGCUCCAUGUUCAAGUUCAACUCUUUCCGCUUCCAGCGGCAGGAGAAGGUGUCCACUGUUUGGCUUCACUGUGAGGUCCAGGUGUGUGAUGGAGAAAGGAUCAUCUGUCAGCCAAGCCCCUGCUCUGUGAGGAGUUUGUCAUCAGAGGUAGACCCGAAUGGGGGGAUCCUCACUGCUGAAUUUCACAUUAAAGGUAAUCAGUCUUCUAAUAAUGGACACAUAACAGGCGUCUCAGUGCUCAUCCUGCUGGUGGUCCUGAUAAACACAUGUUGUGAUUUCAUCAAUGGAUCAAGAAUUUUAUAAAACAAAAUCAUCAGUUUCCAUAAACUCACAAACGCAGAGGGGAGUGCCACCCAGGACUCAGGGAGCGUAUGAAUAUAUUCCUCCCCACGCGAUC